UUUUAUAUAGCUGAGAUUUUAUUGUAAAUUUUAACUUAAGGUAUUCUAAAGUGAGUUUGUUUUGUGUUGUUAAUGUGGUUGUUGCUAACCAAUUAGUAAUUGAAUCUCAGCAGUUUAUCAAUAAAAUGAUAAAUGAAAGUAUUUAUGAUUGGUAUUUGGCUUUAAAAGAUACAUCUUAUGAUGCAAUAUAUUGUAGAUAUUGUUUGGAUUUUAAAGUUGAACUGUUCUGCUGCAAGAAAGCUUUAGCCAAAAAGAUAAAUAGAUUAGUUGACACCAUCAGAAAAUUAAAGAAACAACGAAAAAACAAAAAAAUAGCAUUGUUAUUAGGUGAAGCCUUUUUUCCACCUGUGGUAAAUUUUUCUGAUAAUACAGUGAGUGUAUCAGAAAUUCCUAAAGAAACAAUACUGAUAAGCGAAAACAAAAUGCUUAAAAAAGAAAAUAAAAUUUUAAAAAGGAAAAUGGAAUCUAUGAUGGAUUUACAAAUGGAUUAUUUUACACAUCUAAAAGAUUUUAAAGAUAUGUCAAACAAUCUAAAAAUACUUUUUUCGAAAAACUCUCUAAUAGAAGAAUUAAACUUUAUUAAAAAGUGUUAUUGUGAAAAAGAAGAAAAGCUUAAUAAUAUUGAAAACAAAUUAGAGCUAUUAAAGUCAACAAAAGAAUCAUUUAAUGUUAGAAAUUUGAAUAAAAAAAUAAAAUAUCGUGAUACUCAGCUGGAAAUAAAAAAGAAUAAAAUAAAUUCGUUAAAAAAUGAAGAAAAAAAAAUAAGAUUGCAAUUAAAAAAUAAAAUAACAGAUAUUAAUUCAAUUCUUGAAAACUUAGAUAUAAACAUUUCUGAAUUAAAAAAAGAAAAAAUAAAGCUGCAAAAAAAAGUGAGUAAUUAAAAAUUAUUUUGCAAAAUAAAACCAACUAUAUUAAUGACAACAAUAUGAAAGAUGUUAUAAGUUUAGAGAAGGAAGUUGUUUCGUUAUAUAGUAAGACAAACAUUUUAAAAGAGGAGAAUCUAGAACUUCAAAAAUUGGUUUCUUUGCUGGAUGAUGACGAAGUAAUAAUAUUUGAAGAUGGCAGAUGCAGUGAUGACAUUCGAGAAACAAUAAUGAAACUUCUUUCAAUGAACGUGAGUAUGAAUAGUGUCAAUGAAGUCAUAAAAGUAGUUUUAUACAAACUAGCCAAAAAGAACAUAUCUAGACUGCCAUCAGCCGCUGUAAAAUGUAGGUUAAUGCAGGAAGCUUCAAUUUUAGGUCAAUUUCAAGUUGCAGAAGCAAUGCUUGAAAAUAAUUUGAUAAAUAAAAACUCUAAAAUAGGCAAUUGUUUGCAUGGUGAUGGUACUCAGAAAUACCAUAAGCAUUAUCAAAACUUUCAAAUUACUACAACUAGUGGGAAAACUUUAUCUUUUGGUCUGUCAGAAGUGGUUGGCAAAGAUGCAGCAACUGUUUUGCAAAACUUUACUAAUAUAGUAGAUGACAUUUGUGACGUUGUUAGCAACUCAGCCACUGAAAAAGAAAUAAAUUUUGCUAAACUAAUAACAUCAAUAAAAUCAACAAUGUCUGAUCUUUCUUCGGUUAAUACUCUUUUUAAAACCAAACAUUAGAAUGGCUUAAUGGUAAAUCAGAUGAAGAAAGAAAACAAUUGCUUGAAUAUUCAAGAACUAAAGUAACAUUAAUGAAAAGCAAAUAUGAUGAAAGAAAAGAAGCUCUUAAAAAAGAUAAAGCUAUGCACCUUCAAGCCAUGCAAGAAGAAAAAAAUUGAGAAGAAAUUAAACUACAACAUAAAAAAGGUUGCAGCUUGUAAUGAUUUGAUAAAUUUAAAUGUAAGGGCUUGGAUAUCAUUAGAGGAAACAGAGAAAACAGUUUUUAAUAUAGAAGAGCCAUUGAAAUCAAAAGUACUCCUAGCUCAACUUAAUUUUUAUCGCAUAAUCUUAGGUGUCGAAUGUGACAAAAAAUUUUUUUGUAAAACAAAGGUAGAAGGAAGCAAAAGAAUAAACUUGCCUUCAGAGGAAUUAUAUCAAAAUCUUCUUAUUGUUAUUCAAACAAAUUUAACACCAAACAAACAAUCUUUAAGUAAUAAUAUAAGUAAUAAUUUAAAGCCUCGUACAAUGCGUGAUGCAGCUGUUGAAAACAAAAAAAAAGAAUUAAUGGAAAAAGUUCAGGAUGCAAGACUAAACAAAUUAAUAGAGCAACAAAAAAAGCACUCUUUAUCAAAAUUUUUUAACAAUCCAUCUGAUUUUGUAGGUUUUUCUAUACAACAUCGUCUUAGAGAAGAAGAUGCUCAUGAAGUAUCUUGGGAACGUGCGCAAGAGGUUCAAAUUGAUCAAUUAAAUGGUAGAAGAACUACAUACCUUGUUAAGUAUGAUAAUGAACCUGAUGAAUUAUGGUCAUUUCCUUUAUUAAUAGAUUUUGAAAAAGGUGAUCUUAUUCUUUGUAGCUAGGAUUGCGAGGUUUUAUUUAAUGUAAAUUUAGAAUUAUGUUACAGUAUAUAUUAAUCUUAUUUCUUUUAUUGUUAUGUUCCAAUAGUUUUUUUUACUACAUUUGAGUUCAGUGGUUUUUAUUUUUGUAAAUAGUAUGAAUCAUAUCUGAUAUGUUUAUCUGCA